CGUCGGAGAACCUGGCCGUCAAGAGAGCAGCUCGCGAGAAGCGCGCAUACGGGCAGCGGCGGCAGAGAGGCGUGCAAUUUGCCUGCGCUGCUUACGUGGCAGUAUUUGUGGCGACGUACCUGCCUUCAUAUCUCCUCAACAUCGACCACCGGGUGGCUCUACUUAGUGCGCUGACGUCGAUGAUGCUCGCCACGAGCUUGGUUACGUCAUGCCUGGAAGCUGCGUUCGACUUCGUCCGACAGAUCUGGCAAGUGGUGCCGUGGAGCAUCCUCUUGUUCAUCGGGGCAACCCAAGUCUCGUCGAAGCUACUGCAGGUCUACGAUAUUCCACACGAGGUCUUCAAGCUGGUGUCCACUUCCUUCUGGGAGGAGUGCACAGCGGUCCAGGCGCAAUUCAUGCUGGCCAUCGCCAGCUCGGUGAUGGCCGAAACGGCGGACAAGCGGGUGCUCGUCCAGGUCAUGGCGCCAGUCGUGGUGAACAUCGCAGAGGUACAGCGCGUGCACCAGACGUAUUACGCGAUUCCGGUGAUCGUGGGCGCCUCGUCCAACGUCAUCAUGCCGGCGUCGGCCCCGCUCGCCCUGAUGCACGAAUUGGCGCGAGUGUCCUUCUGGAGGCUGCUUCUGUUUGGCUUGCUCGCGAAGGCCAUCGUCCUGAGCAUGGUCAUCGUGAUGGUCAACGUAGCGGACAAGUACGGCAUUCUCAGCACCCAAACGACUCCGGAAUGAGCCGCUACCUUUUAGGGAGUCAUAUAUUUCGUUUUCGCCCCCAACUGCCAUUUGCUACGUCGUAAUGAGGAACGCAGAUCUUAGCGCACGAACUGUACGCAACUUUAACUUUGUUUUCUCUGUUACCGUGGCAACUUCGCAGCCAGCCUUCUUGGGACACUCGCUGGUAUAUAGGCGUUUAGGUAUAUAGGCGUUCGUUUAUAGGCGUUUCAUAUUAGUCUUCCCACCAGUACUGUUAACCAGUCUGUUUCUGUCUCGUUGGCGUUCUCUCUCUCUUUCCUUCCGUUUUUAUUUCGGUUCAAUCGGACAUUUCGUAUCUUGUGAAUGUGUAUCGACGUUUGCUGGACCUCGUUUAUUAUUCACUCUUUGUUACUGCACAUAGUGAAUAUAGCCAUCGGCUCAUCAUGAGCGCUACGUACAUUACCACACACUGCGCA